UGACUAAUUCAUCUUCGACAGGCGCAAGUAUUUAACUGACCUUCAUACCUGCGUUUCCAGUUGCAGUGUUUCAUCAAUCUCAAUACUCAUUAUUGUGAAGUGGUCAGCAUUUCGACAAUUCAAACCAUGACUUCAACAGAGCGACGAAUCAAGCAAGGCGAAUGGGUGCUUGUGACGGGCGCCAAUGGAUACAUAGCCUCUCACGUCACAGAUGUUUUGCUUGAGGAGGGAUACAAUGUCCGUGGUACCGUGCGAGCCGAGAAACCGUGGUUGAACAAGCUGUUCGACGACAAGUACGGCAAGGGGAGAUUCGAAACCGUGCUGGUGCCAGUCCUCGAUGCCCCGGGCGCUUACGACGAGGCUGUCAAGGGCGUCGCUGGCAUUGAACAUGUGGCGGCGGUUUUGAAUUGGAGUUCAGAUCCCGAGGAUGUGAUCCCUCAGACGGUUGCAGGCAGCGUCAACAUAUUGAAAGCGGCGGCCAAAGAGUCUUCAGUCAAGUCUGUCGUGAUCACGUCUUCAUCUAGCGCCGCCCUGCUUCCGGCGCCGAACAAGGAGGAGGUCAUUGACGAGAACACCUAUAAUGAUGCAGCCGUCCAGGCAGCAUGGGCACAGAGCGCCCCUGAGCAGGAGCGCCCGUUCGUUGUGUACGCAGCAAGUAAGACCGAGGGCGAACGUGAGUCAUGGAAAUGGUACAAUGAAAACAAACCUCAAUUUGCUCUGAACUCGGUUCUGCCGAACAUGAAUAUAGGAACAUUUCUAGCGCCGGAGAUUGAGGGCAGUACUGGCGCCUGGAUGUUGAAUCUGCUGAAGGGCGACGACAUGGCAUUGAAGAUGUUUCCGCCUCAGUGGCAUGUCAAUGUAAGAGAUUGUGCGCGUAUACAUGUGGCGGCACUCCUUGAUGCAAAGGUCGAAUCGGAGCGACUUUUCGCAUUCGCUGGAACAUUCAACUGGACCGAUGUGAUUGGCCUGCUCCAUAAGCUUCGACCUGAGAACAAGAAGAUUCCGAAGGCACCAGAGAACGAAGGUCGUGACCUCAGUGACAUCAAACCAAGAAAGAAGGCCGAACAGCUGCUCAAGGACUUCUUCGGCGGCCCGGGGUGGACCAGUCUCGAGGACAGUCUAGUCAUGGGGCUUGCUUCAGGUCGUUGGGAUUGACCUCGUCAGGCAAGUGAGAGCAGCGAUUUGGUCAUAUGUUCCGAGGUGUUGUGUUGUCGGUCAGGAUAUCCUGCCGCACCAUCCCGGUACAAUCGCAGAAAUUCAAGCUAGAUGUAUUUGAAUCUCGAAUUUUUGGUCAACAAUUCAGACAAAGCCAUCCGCUUCUUGACCUUGCCAAAAAAGCAGGUUUCAUAGUUAAUGGGCGCUUUGAAUGAAGAAUUGUGAAUGUAGUUCUCGGAAAAAACCGUCCAAGACUGUUUCACUUACCUUCAACACACCGCAAAAAUACUGUGGAUGCCUUGAAGGAGAAAGUUUUUUUGCUUUUCGCUAUCGUGCUUCGACGGGUUUCGAAAGUGUUCAUCCAUUUGUGUGCUGUUUCG